AUGGGACUAUUAUUUAAUAUAGCAUAUAUGAAUCGCAUUGAUUUCUGUCUUUAUCGAGAUCCAUUGGAAAAAUUUGAUGUACAAGUAAUUGAUCUUACUGGACCGUCUCGUGAAGACACUGAAUCCAAUGAUGACUCUUCUUCGCUAGGCAGUUCACCGAAAGAGAACAGUUCUGAGGAUACAUCGAAGAUCAAUGAUACUAUUUUGCCAGAUGGUAGUGAUAAUGUUUCAAAAGAACAACUGUUGCGUUUCCUUCAACAUUGGAAUAAAAAUAUCCAAAGAAAUCAUCCAAAAGAAGUAUUAGGUUCACAUACUAUAAAUCAACAGCUUCGUCGUAUUCAUUGUAAAAAAAUUACUAUACAGCCAGAUGGGAACUGUUUUUUUCGAGCAAUUUCCCAUCAACUACAUAUGAGCCAAAAUGAGCAUUCAAGUAUUCGAUCUCAAGCAGUAAAUUACAUUAAACUAAAUAUGAACGUCUUUGCACCGUUUAUCAAUAAACGUAGAUAUCCAACAAUACAAAGGUAUAUUGAACGAAUGCAACAAGAAGGAACUUAUGCUGAGCAUCUAGCAAUUUCAGCUACAGCAGUUGUCAUCAACAGAAAUAUAAUUGUUCAUGAAAUAGGUCAAAUACCACUGUUAAUUCCUGGUUCCAGUUCUCUGGACGAUCAAUUGCAUAUAUGGUAUGAUCCUGUGAAGAAACAUUACGAUAGUGUCGUUUGUCUUAAUGAUAGUUUGCCACGUCUGUCUUCUGAACAAAUUUUAAUCACUUGA